UGCUUUCGUCAUAGCUCCGCGUUGUUUCCUGGGAGGAGGAUGGUGCGUGUGUGCUGUGUGCUGGGUUGUCGGAGGACCACCGGAUUGCAUAGAUUUCCAGGGGACUCUAAGAUUCGGCGCCAGUGGUUACGCGCUCUAGGAUUAAAAAAUGGUGACCUCACGCCUUCCGCUGUAGUUUGCAACCAGCAUUUUACCCUGGACUCCUUCAGCAACUGGACCGAGUUUGAAAUGGGCUUCAUCAAGCAUUUGCACCUGAAGAGCAACGCUGUACCGACGUUGGAGCAGGAGCGGCAGCAGGGGACCAGGCGUUUGCAGCCAAAAUUAACACGAGAAAUUGGAUGCAAAACUGAACCAGUUGCGACCACUUGUGAUGGUGUCCUGGCCAGCCUGAGGCCUGCCAGGAGAAGCAAGGAACAACCUUCUACCAGGAGCAUGUCAUGUGACCCUGGGACCUUCACGGAGCCGUCGUUUCCAGAGUCUCCCAGCCCGACGUCAGUGAAAAUAGAAAAAUGUGAGGUGUUAGUUGAUGAGUCGUCCUAUCAUCCUGAUGGAAGUGAGGUCACCAUAAACCCCACAAGCUUCUUCGACGAAGCCCCCCCUCCGUCCCACAAAGAGUAUAUUGUUCACGAAGAACAGCUGCUGAAGCUUUUUUGGAGGUGUCCCGUUUGCACCCGGAGAUGUGUUGUGGAAAAAACAACCAUUGGUACGCUCCUCCGCGUCAAACAGCAGUGCAGCAGCUGUGAAUAUGCCAACGAGUGGUCCAGUCAGCCGGUGGCGAACAACAUCCCAGCAGGCAACCUUUAGCUCAGGCUCAUCCUUUCAUCAGGCAUCCAAGGAUUUCCACAUGCAGGGAUCUCUCUAAGGGCCUCUGGUCUGGCCCUGGUCCCACUGAUGGCAAAUAAACUUUUUACCUUCAUUGUCUCCUGCCUCUUUUACUGCCAUUGGGCCUCACACUAAUUGUUAUAUUUAUUGUGCUUGUAAAACAUUAUUUUGCACAAUAACUGUUUCAGGUGAAGGAAGGAGAAUCUACUGUAAGGUCCAUCCUAUGGGAACUCCUGCCUGAUGUUGGCGACCGUGCAGGAUGGUAUCACCACCCUAAUGUCCUGACCCAGAUAUCCUCAGCACCACUUAACCACGGGGCAAGAUGCUUGUAACACCUGAAAUAAGAGUUGCUAGAUAUGUGUGUUGUUUGCUGCCAUGUAGCUUACAAAUAUGAAUGGCUCCGUCUGUAACAAACCUUUUUCAAUAAUGUUUCUUGCAUCUCACCAAUUGGUGGUUUGAAUGUUUUUCUGUUUUUAUUUCUUUUUCCUCCACUCCAUAAAACCUGGCUGCGUUGAUGCACGGGUGUAAAGCUGCCCUGGUGUCUGCAGGUGGCACAGUAGCAACAACAGACUGGGUCAAUCUGAGAUACAAACUGCUCCUCCAUAUUUAGAAAAAAGAUGGAGCCCGUUGAAAUAAGAAGCAGCCUGUGUGAAGAAUUAAACAACCUUUUUUGGAGGUCCUAAGAUCAGCGUAACUAGCGUCGGCUGGACCAGUGAUGACACCGGACCGAGCAGCAUGGCUGCAGCAGAAUAACAAACACUUCCUGCACGGCCCUGUCCCAUCUCAGAGGUGGCAUGCAGCAUGUUUGUGUUUUUGGUCGUGAUCGGGGCACAAAGAACAUUAAAGGUUAAAUAAGUACUCAGCUUUAUCGAGUCAAACUAAUGUCAAUUCAUACUGGCUGACCAGAACAAGGAAGACAUGACAGGAGAGAGUCUGUUCAAACAAGGAUUUUAAUAAAUAUACAUCCUGUUUUCCUGUUGUUUCUACAUGAAUGUAGUUUUUACCAGCUAAAGAAAAAACAAGGUAACUACUGUGUUUAGCACUUUUCUUUAAUGUUUUUUAUUGUAUUUGUAUUCUAACACUGAAUACUGUGAAACUGUGCCAGGUGCCGUGUACAGGGCUGCAUUGUCAAUAGGUGUUUGCAUAGAAUUAUAUUAUACCUCUUGAGAUCUGAGAAUUGUAGUCCAAUCCAAAGCUGUUUGACGUUUUAGAACAGGCUGACACAUGAUUAAUUUCAGGUCUCACUUCAUUUCAGGAAAUUAGUUGUUUUGUUCCUUAAUUGUUUUGAUUUGUAUAAACUGCUAGUUUAGUAAACUUUAAGAAACUGAAAAUAUUUUUUUUCUGUCCUUAAAUACAUACACAAUUUUAACUGUAGAAUUAUUUUUUUUUAUACUGCAAAUAAAGUAUUCAUAUCAAAA